CGAAAUAAAAGAAAACAUUUUAUAUUUGCGCUGCUGAGGUUGCAGAGCUUCUCUGUAAAUACACAAGCGUCGAUCUUCGAAGCUCACCAGGACCAUGAACGCUCCAAUAACGGGUCAGCCUCUCUCUCUCUUGACAGCUCUCGUUGUAUCAUAGAAUAAUACGGGUUUUAGCAACAAAGUGGUUAAUUAAGGGUGUACCGUGAUCGGUAUUUCUGACAAGUGAUAGUGAAGUAUUUGCAACAUGGCUUAUGAAUUGCAUCGCCCUUGAUUGCUUUGGUUCCUUUCUUUUUUCGUUUCUUUUUGGUUUUGUUUUUGUUUAAUCUGCAUUUCAUCACCAAACAAGAAUGUUCUUGUCUAACUUUAAUACUCUCUGUCGCUUGGCACCGGUAAAUCUCGGCCGAUAAAUUGCGGAAUGGGGAGGUUUAAGGAUAUAGAAAGAGGAGAAGAAAUGCAGCGGGUGCCAUUGAAGCAUGCUGACAAGUUUUGGGGGGCCAUAUUGAAUCAUUGAUGCAGUUGAAGGUUUCAGGUUUAAUUUGAUUAUCGGGCAACAGUUUAAGGUGGAUGGUGAUUUAUAAAAUAGAUGAUGAAAGUUUUAGAUUCGGUUGGAAUCAGCCAACAUGGAAUUAACUCUUUCAAAACCCAAGGCCAAACCCGAUUAUUGUUUAUUUGUCAUGUUACUCAGAUUCUAUUAUCGUUUGUUCUUAUUACUCAGAUUAUUGUAAUUUCUCAUACAUUUAUGUGCCAUGUUUCUGAUAGAGUCGUUGCAUUUUGUGCCUUCGAGAAUCGCAGGCAGGGGCAGAUGUACAAGCCAACCACAACCCUUGAUGAGGGCUGUGUAAAUAGGUUAUCUUAACCCACCAAAUCAGGACCCAUGCGACUAUUCGAAAGCUCCAAACUCAGCCUCUUCGAGUUCAAAGCUUCUGUAUUAUGCUCACAAGUGACCCCUUUUGGCCCCUUCAAUUCCUUUGUACAAAAAAGAUGGCUAAAGCCUGUAAUUUCGGCCCGAACACGCUUAGAAGACCAAACAAGGGACUCGAAGCUAGACAAACUCACAACCCACCUCAAGAAGCUCGAUAUCAUCCUAAAGCUCCAUGACCUCAUGUCCAGUCGGAAGCGCGGACCCUUUGUGUCCUUGCAACUGAUGUCUCGAUGGAGGAACCUUGUGGGGCUUAAUGUAGGCAUUGGCGCCUUUGUUCACAAAUACCCACAUGUUUUUGAGGUGUUUAAACAUCCCGUACGAUGCAGUUUGUGUUGCAGGAUCAGUAAGAAAAUGUGGGGUUUAAUAGAGGAAGAGGCAAUGGCUAUGAAACAAUGGGAACUCAAAGUUGUUCAUCGUGUAAAGAAGUUGUUGAUGAUGUCUGUGAGUGGCACUCUUCGUGUCCAUGCUUUGAGGUUGGUCAGGAGAGAAUUUGGAUUGCCCGAGGAUUUCAGAGAAUCUAUCCUUGGUAAAUAUUCAAAGGAUUUUAGGUUGAUUGAUUUAGAGGUUGUAGAACUGAUUAGUAGAGAUGAGAAUUUGGGUGUUGCUGAAAUUGAGAAAUGGCGAGAGAAGGAAUUUAAAGAGAAGUGGUUGAGUGAGUUUGAGACAAAGUACGCCUUCCCUAUAAAUUUCCCAACAGGGUAUGAGAUCCAGGCAGGGUUUAGAGAUAAGUUGAAGAAUUGGCAAAGGCUUCCUUACGUGAAGCCUUAUGACAGGAAAGAGGUUGUCCGCAUUCGUACUUGUGGAGGGAUAGAGAGUUAUGAGAAACGGGCGGUUGGUAUUCUUCACGAGUUCUUGAGUUUGACAGUAGAGAAGAUGGUUGAGGUUGAAAGAUUAUCUCAUUUUCGGAGAGAUUUUUCUGUGGAUGUUAAUGUGCGGGAGCUUAUCUUGAAGCACCCUGGAAUAUUUUACAUAUCAACCAGACGUAAUAGUCAAACUGUUUUUCUUAGAGAGGCUUAUAGUAAGGGGUGCCUGAUUGAGUCCAAUCCGAUAUAUGAUGUUCGGAGGAAAACUUUAGAUCUUAUUUUCCUAGGGCGUCGAAAUACUAGACAAAUGCCAGCUCCAAAAGAAAUUAAGGAGUUCAAAGUAGAUGGGGAUCGCAAAAUGGAUGGUGACUGGGUUAUUCCAAUGUUAGAGAACUUGGACAAUGGAAGUUGAAAUUGGUAAUUCAAGGUUUCACAUAUACAAUGAGAGUCCUUGAAACUAGUGGAAUGGAUAUAAUUAUUGGGGGAUGGAAAUGUUGAUCAUUUGAUGAUGAUCCAUAUUUUUAAACACGUGUCAUCUGAAAAAUAACUUGAGUUGGACUCUUCAACGAAGAACCCUCACAAACCACUUGAGAAGAGUGAACCUGCGGACGAUGUGGCAUAACCCCAGUUUGCUAUUAUCUAAAAACAACAUGACAAGAAUGCCUAGUACCGUCAAAAAGAUGUCUACUUCCCAAUAUAUGGGGGCUAUAACAUUAUGGAGCCGAGGUCUAGGCAUUUUCCAAGUUGAUAUUAUUUUGUAACAAAAAGUGCCGACAUAUUCAGUGGCUCAUUCAGGUCAUUAAUCUUCAGGACCUCUCAUCGAAUUGCUUUAACUCCCAUAUUUGGGUUAUAUGGGAGCCACCUGAAAAUUUCGAGUACAGAAGUUAGAAGACUGUUUCUCAAGAUUAGUGGCUACUGAAAAAGGAUGCAGAAUGAGCUCAAAGUACCUGGCCGGCAACAAAUUGGAUGACUUGGUCUUCAGUGAGUCCAUCCGGACUAGCUGCUCUCACCACAUAUGCCAUUGGUAUUUGUCCUGCUUCUUCGUCUUCAACACUGCAUCAUUUUUAGUCGUAUUAUAUACACAGAUAGAUAUAGAUAUAGAUAUGGAUGCAGAUAUAAGGAGCUUGUUCGCAUUUAGAAAGAGGGAGGUAAGCAACACACGGUGUAAUGGCUGCAUCAAGAAUUUGAGGAUGACUCAAAAGUAUGGCCUCCAAUUCCGCCGGAGCAACUUGAUAUCCAUUAUGCUUGAUGAGCUCCUUUAUCCGAUCAACGAUGAAAAGGAAGCCUUCCUCAUCAAAAUAGCAAAGAUCACCAGUUUUCAGCCAGCCAUUUGAGUCAAUAGUUGCAAGUGUUGAUUCCACAUUCCCCAAAUACUCUCUCAUAAUAGUAGGGCUCUUUAGCCACAGCUCUCCUUCCUUAUAUGGCGGCAAGGCCUCCCCGGUUUCGAUAUCCACUAUCUUAGCAGAAAAACCUGGCAGCAGCACCCCACAAGAGGCGGAGUGAGCCUUUGCCUGCUUGUCUGAAAUGAAAAUAGUUGCUGCACCACAGCUUUCCGUUAGGCCAUAGCCUGGCCUCAUCUCAACCCAAGGAAACCGCUCUCUAAACUCAUCAAUCAAUUCUUUGCUCAACGGUGCAGCCCCUGAGCUCACCCUCCUCAGAGACGACAAGUCGCAGGCAGCUUUGCUUGCGUACUUUACUAGUCCAAGAAUCACCGGAGGCACAGCUGGUAUGUUGCUCACUUUGUGAGUUUUUAUAGCAUCCAACAUGGUGUUGAACUCAAACCUUUGCAUCAAAACAGUGGUGGUUCCUGCGCAAAACAAUCCAAGGCCGAAGAAAGCAAGCCCAUAGAUGUGGAACAUAGGAAUGAAGCACAAAAACACAUCGUCCUGUGCUGAUGUUUUGUCCACCGUCCAUCUGAGCAUUGUGAUAAUGGCAAUGAAAUUUGCAUGUGUUAGAACUACACCUUUACUUGUCCCAGUAGUCCCUGAGGAGUACAAAAUAGCAGCAGUGUCUGACUGAGUCGGACGGGCUUGCAUUAACUCGGUUGGAAUGGGAUCAUAACCUUCAAUCAACUGUUCAAUGGUGAGUGAGUCAUCACCACUCAACGGCCUUGAUGUUAAUAUUGUAGGCACCCCAGUUGGGACCAAUUUGUGAAGCUCCUCAGGAGAUGAAAUAGCAAGCUUGGCGCCCGAAUCGCGAACUUGCUUGCCGAUUUCUGACUCGGUGUUGAUUGGAUUUGCCGUGGUUAAAAUUGCACCAAUUGACAACACUGCCAGGCAUAUGGUUGGGUACAAAAGUGAGUUAGGUGACAAGAGAAAAACCACAUCCCCUUUUCUAACACCAAGUGCCUGGUACAAGCCUGAAGCAAGAGCAUGAAUUGAAUGAAGAAGCUGUUCAUAGGUGACUCGUUCGUGGUGGCCGAGUCAAUGAGUGCAACUCGCGACUCGGCCUCAUGAUGGGGCGGAAACUGCGACAAAACAAAUGUGGCCGUGUCGAGGUUAUGCUUGGCGGGGAUUUUGUAACGGGGACCAAGGUUGAGAGGGGAGUGAUAUAUUCCGGUUUUUGGAUCGAAACCAUUUGUAGUACUUCCGGCAAUGUGGACUCGAUCAUCCCCGCCGGAGAACUCUUGGAGAGACAUUAUGCUUUUGAAACUGAUAUGUGGCGAAUGUGUUGUGUUAAAGUUUGGUGCAACAUAAUGCAGAUAUAUAGGACAGGAUUUUGGGUUAUAUUAUUGUUGUUUGAGUAUGACAUUCGAGGUUUAACAUUGUCAAAAACGUCAAUGAAAGUUGGAUUAUCGUUAAUUGCUUCAAACAUUCAUAUGUUCUCAGUGGCCGGCAGAACAAUUCAACGGAAUAUUCACUGAAUAAAUCUAUGUUUUAUUU